UUCCAGCAGUUUGCUCUAAAUGAAUUUGUCAAGUGACUGAAGGCAACCAGUGAUGGACGGGGCCAAUGACAGCUCCUUGCAGGGCUUUGUUCUGAUGGGCAUAUCUGACCAUCCCCAGCUGGAGAUGAUCUUUUUUAUAGCCAUCCUCUUCUCCUAUUUGCUGACCCUACUUGGGAACUCAACCAUCAUCUUGCUUUCCUGCCUGGAUGCCCGGCUCCACACACCCAUGUACUUCUUCCUCAGCAACCUCUCCUCCUUGGACCUUGCUUUCACUACUAGUUCAGUCCCCCAAAUGCUGAUCAAUUUAUGGGGACCAGGCAAGACCAUCAGCUAUGGUGGCUGCAUAACCCAGCUCUAUGUCUUCCUUUGGCUGGGGGCCACCGAGUGCAUCCUGCUCGUGGUGAUGGCAUUUGACCGCUACGUGGCAGUGUGCCGGCCCCUCCGCUACACCGCCAUCAUGAACCCCCAGCUCUGCUGGCUGCUGGCUGUGAUUGCCUGGCUGGGUGGCUUGGGCAACUCUGUGAUCCAGUCAACAUUCACUCUGCAGCUCCCAUUGUGUGGGCACCGGAGGGUGGAGGGAUUCCUCUGCGAGGUGCCUGCCAUGAUCAAACUGGCCUGUGGCGACACGAGUCUCAACCAGGCUGUGCUCAAUGGUGUCUGCACCUUCUUCACUGCAGUCCCACUAAGCAUCAUCCUGACCUCCUGCUGCCUCAUUGCUCAGGCAGUGCUGAAAAUCCGCUCUGCAGAGGGGAGGCGAAAGGCGUUCAAUACGUGCCUCUCCCAUCUGCUGGUGGUGUUCCUCUUCUAUGGCUCAGCCAGCUAUGGGUAUCUGCUUCCGGCCAAGAACAGCAAACAGGACCAGGGCAAGUUCAUUUCCCUGUUCUACUCGGUGGUCACACCCGUGGUGAAUCCCCUCAUCUACACGCUGCGGAACAUGGAAGUGAAGGGCGCACUGAGGAGGUUGCUGGGGAAGGGAAGAGAAGUUGGCUGAGAGAACACUCCUUCGUUAUUUAUUGCGUCUUCAUCUCUACAUGCGUUUCUCAUUAACUCUCUCUGGCCAGGUGAACAUGAGGAAUACUAAUUCCGGUAAAACCAAGGCAUGUUCCUGACAGCCCUAAGCUGACAGCCCUAAGCUGUUGGGAACAUGGUUAGUGUUAUUCGUAAUGUUCUACACUUAUUUACCAAAAAUCCUACUGUGGACUACCAAGAGCAGGGGAGACAUGUUGUUGAGGGCUCAGAGGUUAUUGACCUGUGACAGACCUGUCUCACUGUCUCUGUCUCUGUUGCCCACAUGUUAUUUAAUAUGCCUUAUAUUUCUGCAGAAUUCUGUACUUUUCUAAGCAAAGCACCUCCACUUGCAGUAUCUUAUAUAAUGUUACUAUAAUUCCAUAAAAUCAAGCCAUGUAUUAUUAACUUCAUAUGAAGACCCAAACAAUUCAUCUUUUUACACUAUCUGUCAUUAUCUUUGCCUACCUCUUUUUAUCUUUUCCUCAUUUUUUUUAAGAGUUGGAGUCUUGCUCUGUUGCCCAGGCUGAAGUAGAGUGGCAUGAUCAUAGCUCACUGCAGCCUUCAACUCCUGGGCUCAAGCAAUCCUUCAGUCUUCUGAGUAGCUGGGACUAUAGGCACAUGCUACCACACCUAACUAAUUUUUAUUUUUAUUUUUGUACAGAUGGGGUCUCACUCUGUUAACAGCCCAGGCUGGUCUAGAAUUCUUGGCCUCAAGUAAUCUUCCUGCCUUGACCUCCCCAAGUGCUGGGAUUAUGGGUGUGAUCUACCGCACCUGGCCUGUCUGUUCUUAAUAAUGCAGUAUACCACUGGGUGUGGUGGCUCACACCUGUAAUCCCAGCACUUUGGGAGGCCGAGGCGGGUGGAUCACCUGAGGUCAGGAGUUCGGGACCAGCCUGACCAACAUGGAGAAACACUGUCUCCACUAAAAAUACAAAAUUAGCAGUGCAUGGUGGCACAUGCCUGUAAUCCCAGCUACUCGGGAGGCUGAGGCAGGAGAAUCGCUUGAACUCAGGAGGCAGAGGUUGUGGUGAGCUGAGAUCGUGCCAUUGCACUCCAGCCUGGGUAACAAGAGCAAAACUCCGUCUCAAUAAUAAUAAUAAUAAUAAUAAUAAUAAUAAUAACAAUAAUAAUAAUGUAGUAUAUCUGUCCAUACUUUCCAUCCAUAUAUCUCUCCAUCAUCUUGUUUACCCUCUCCCUUAUGUCUAUAUUCCAAUUUCUCUUCUACUAAUCUAUUAUUUAAUAAGAAAAGAUUAAGCCAGGCACGGUGGCUCACGCCUGUAAUCCCAGCACUUUGGGAGGCCGAGGUGGGUGGAUCACGAGGUCAGCAGUUCGAGACCAGCCUGACCAACAUGAUGAAACCCCGUCUCUACUAAAAAUAUGAAAAAAAUUAGUUGGGCAUGGUGGUGGGUGCCUGUAACCCCAGCGACUUGGGAGGCUGAGGCAGGAGAAUCAUUUGAAGCUGGAGGGUGGAGGUUGCCGUGAGCCGAGAUCGCACUACUGCACUCUAGCCUGGGCAAUAAGAGCAAAACUCCACCUCAAAAAAAAAAAAAAAAAAAAAAGGAAGAAAAGAUUAAAAAGGUCAUUUGCAGCUGGGCACAGUGGCUCAUGCCUGUAAUCUCAGCACUGUGGGAGGCUGAGGUGGGUGGGUCACCUGAGGUCAGGAGUUUGAGCCAGCCUGGCCAACAUAGUGAAACCCCAUUUCUACCAAAAAUACAAAAAUUAGCCAGGUGUGGUGAUGCACACCUAUAGUCCAGCUACUUGGGAGGCUGAGGCAGGAGAUUUGCUUGAACCCGGGAGGUGGAGGUUGCAGUGAACUAAGGUUGCAGUGAGCUGAGAUUGCACAACUGCACUUCAGCCUGGGUGACAAGAGCAAGACUCCGUCUCCAAAAAUAAAACAAAACAAAAUAAAAAGGUCAUUUGCCUUUUGAUUCUAGCCAAAGAGGGUCCCUUGCUACUCUCUUAUUGAAAUCAUCCCAUCCAAAAGUCCCAGACAUCAGAUGUCUUACCAGCAUUUGGGUAUGCUAGUCUGGUCAGUGGAUAAUGGAAUGUCCUGAGAUUCCUUAUGCAAAUUUAAGAAACCAGGAAAGAUCAUCCAUCCAUAAAGUAUAUUCUCCGCCUCAAGAUCUAGUCUUGAAGCCCUGCAGUUCCUAAAAUUCAGCAAUCAGUUCAGCACACAAUAACUCAUCUUUCAGGAACUCACAUGUUGGGAUCAGAAUGCCAAUUUGUGAUUCUGCACAUUCCUAGAAUUGCCAAAGGGAUCCCCACCUGCUACCACAGUUCAUUUACUAUUUUCCCAGACAGAGAAGCCAGGUUAAUAUAAGAAAGUUGCAUGACAACUACAUUACCAUAGAAAAGGGAAUCAAUAGGUUUUAGAACUAGUUCAAAAGGGGCUUUGGCUUUGUGUCCCCAUAAUUUUGAAACACAUGCCUUAUACAUAGUAGAUACUCAAUAAGUGUUUAGC